GCGGGAGUGGGGAGGGGUUUUCAGUUUGUACCAGGGGGCCAUACGGAUUGGCUGUGGCCCUGAGCUCCGGAGAUGAUUUGAGCUGUUCAUGGCUGGGGACUAUGCAGGCUGAGCCCUGUGCCUCUCUUGUUUCCCCAGCCUCUAGUGAAGAAUGAUGGAGCUGACACCCUCAUUUUGAGCCUUGCUAACUCUUGGUUAGUGGAGGCAGGUGGGAAGGGGUUAGUGCUGCAGCCAGACUAAGAUAGGCCUUCCUGAGAGUGGCACGGAAAAAGCAGUUUGAUGGCAUCCUGGUUCCUAUGUCUCUCAGAAUAGGCCUUUCGCUUUCAGUCACUGGAAUCUUCUGUGAGUGUGGCAAGUUUUCUUCAGAAAGUCUCACCCCUUGGCUACUUUGUUUCCUCGUGCAUGUAACUUUCCAAAGAUGUUCCGGAGAAGGGAGCUGGGCACAUUGUUAUCGGGUACAUUUUAGUCGAGUCUGUAGGUAAGGAUUGCCUGGGGAGCAGCGAUGUCCAAGGUGGAUCCACACCUCGUAGCAGGGUGAAGGGUUGCUGGUUUGUGGCAUUGCAGCAUUGUGCAGUUACAUUAUAUGCUUUACAUCCAUCAAAGCUCAGGACCGUGCUUAGGUCAUCAGAACAAUUCUGUGAUAUGUGCAGAGUGAGAGUGUCUGAUUGAUUAUGGCCCCAAAGACGUGGGCCGUGGGCACAGGGAGGCUUCCUGGGGCCUGCUUUUGGGCCCUCUCACAUGCUUCCCACCCCCUGCCACUGGGAGCCUCUGGCUUAGGCUGCUUUUGCAUCCCCAAGCCCUGCUAUGAGGCUGGGUACGCCACUGGUACUGAACACAUAUAUCUUGAGCCACUGAAAAUAAUCACACACAACCAUUCCUCCUGGGUGCUGGAUGGAAGGGGUGGAGGGACACACACAGCUGAGACCCCCUACUGAGACAAGCAGCCCCUGAUCACCAAUUCAGGGCACUGAUGACCCUGUGAGUCCUUAUGUGACAGGCCUCAGCAAAAGGGGGCGGACUGGGGGACCACAGGGCUCCACUCGGCCCUCUGCGCAGGCUUCCAUCUUGUGUAGGUGGCAACACAGCCGCCACUCCUUUCCACUCCCAACCCUGGUCCAGUCCGGUCAGCAGUCCUGGGGACAGGGCCUGCUUCCUUCCCCACAGUUCCAAGGAACGUCUUCGUAGAGAGUCCCACUGGUCUGUCCGGGGUGUAGGCCCCAUCGCAGUGUUUGGGAGGUGACACUAGCUGAACAGCCAGGCCUGGCUCACAUCCACUCCCCACCUGAUCCCCGGGGCCCAGUGCCCAUCCUGGGAUCCCACCCGCUGGGCUGCCUGGAGGCAGGUGGUUCCCAGAGAGCAGUCAGGGUGUGAGUGCGAGGAGGAGGAGGCGGCAUUGUGCUGGCACGAGUGAAAUGCCACGUGUCUACCACAUGUCAGGUGUCGCAGCCACCUGGGCAGCAUUCACCACUGCCUCGGCCUUCCUCUCCUCUGAGUCUUGAAAGUGGCUGGGCUGGCAGUCAUGGUGGCGGUGAUGUGAAUGAGUUUCGUGUGCUGUGCCUCAGGGCUUCAUCAUGGACAUAGGAAGAGACGGACAGGCCCAUGCCAUCAAAUCAAGUGACUUCUGUGCUGGGAUCUGUCCUGGGUGUUGAGGUCACAUCAGUGAAUACCACACAUGGUCCCUGCCUUUCUGGGCCUCCUGUGCAGUUGGGGAGACAGUACACAAAUAACAUGCCCAGAACCUGUGUGGGCCUCAGCAUCCUUGCCUGUAAAGUGAGGCUCCAGUGCCUCACUUGGGAUCAGGCUGAGUCGGUGAGUGAGUGGCUGCCAUCAGUGGAAGACUGGCUCAGGGGCAGGCACUGCCCAGAAGGAGAUGGGACAAACUGGAGAAACAACUGGAACUGGGCAGGUGCUUCUGUCCUUGGCACAGAGGUGUCCCAGGCUGGCGGCUGUCUAAGGGGGUGGGAACCUGCCUGGGUAUGUACAUGAGUUGCCAGUGUCUGCGUCAGCAGGCAGGCAUUCUUGGCACUGACUUUGGCAGGAUAUCUGUCAGCUCUGGGACCCUGGGCUGCCGCUCAGUGUUGACUUGGAGAGGUCGCUGCUCUGUCUCCUUCUCUGGACCUUUGUGGCUGCUCUGUUUCAAUUUGUCCUGCUUUUUGGCUUUCUCAGUCUUUUGAGUCUUACUUUGUCCUGCCCAUAACCCCCUCCAAAAGGAGUCUCUGCCUGGGUGCCCUCGCAGGCAGCCCAGUUAACACAGUGCCCCAGAGUGGAGUUAGUUCUAGGUGUGUUGGUUCCAGGGCCGUAGUUACUAAGGUGAGAAGCUGGGAUUCCAGCUGGGGCUGUCUGUAAGAAGAAUCCCAGAGGGGCUUGGCACCAUACUUGGAGUGUCCAAGCCCAGGCCUUCACGGUGCCAUUCAGCCCAAGCUCAGAACUAGCCUCCCUCCCAGCAGGGCCAGGGGCAGGUGUGAUGAGGUGCCUAGGGACCUAGAGCAGGGAGGCCCUUGGAAGCACAGGUGUGUUGAUAAUGGAACUGAGGCCGCACCUCAGCAUCAGGGUCCUUGAAUGUGACCUCAGUGGAGAGGGCUUGGGCUUAGGAGUCCCAGGGCUUGAACUAGAGUUCUUCCUGGUCCUUGGCUCUCGAUGUUUCCCCCAGCACAGUCUGCAGACCAGAGGCAACAAAUGCCUCUUAAAAUGUCCUGACACUGUGGGGUGGGGCAGGAGGGGACAGAGCCACAUUUGAGAAAUUGUUUGAUCACCAAGGGGGUGAUCUGGAGUUUGGAAACUGGAGUGAGGGUUUAGCAAUCACAGCAGGAUUUGGCGAAAUGUCGAAGGGUCUGGAAUUCAGAUUGGGCGAUUCCGAUCAGUCACGAACCAAGCUGUUGGCAAAGCUUCCCUUAGACCAGGUCAGCGCAGCCUCUCAGGCUCUGUGCCACUGCAUCUGAGGGCCCAGCUUCGAGGAUGCGUUCAGGAAAUAGUUGCCAACAAGUGAGUUGUGGAGGCCUACAUAGGAUAGGGAUCCCACUUUAAAAGAAAAUAAUAAUGAGGUGCAGGAUGGAGGUGGAGUCAGGAUACAGCCUGGACCUGCGUCCAGUGCUCUCACCUCAACCCCCAGAAGGGCUAACCUCACGGCAUCAGAGCCCUGUGGCCUGUGGGCUGCAGGUUUGGACAGCAGUGCCUUAGGCAGGUUCUCAGUCUGCAGUCUACCUGGAGCUUGGGGGCCCAAGCAGCAAGGCCAGUACGGCUCCUGUGCCCUCUCUGCCUGAGCCGAAAAGCAGGGACCUUGCCUAGCUCUAAUCUUGUCAGUUUGUGGCUUCUCUGCCUCUUUGCCAGAGGAGGAGUGAGCAAGAGAGAGCCAUGUAGUCGGACACUCAUUUGCAAUUUCAUUGAAGCAUGAAAUCGUUUCCUACCUUUACCAGGUAAGUAGAAAACUGACUUGGAAUGGGAGGCGGCAGGGGAGUUACAUACUUUUGAAAAUUAAAAAUGAAAAACUUUGUUGUUUAGGGUUUUUUGUUUUUCUUGGCCCCGUUACCAUCAGGAAGAUGGCAGCACAGGCUUUUUUAGGGGGUCAAAAUGCUGGAAUGCAGUUUGCGUUUUGGCCAUGUUUUCUUUUUUUUUCUUUUCUUUUUCUCUUUCAGGCUUAAUUCACUUUAUUUUUCUUGGGUAAAAACCCUGUUGUAGCCACAGCUGGAGCCUGGGUCUUCUGCACGGAGCCUCUGGUGAGGGUCUUGACAAGGUGGUCAGUGAAUUCCUGAUCGGGAGACUUGUUGAAUACAGUUUCCUCCCACAGGUCAGGGGGGCAGGUAGCUGUGGUCUUAGAGAUGGCAUCAAAAGUGUUGGCCAUAAUUUCUCUAGGCGUGAGUUUUGGCUGAGCCUUGAGUUCACAGUACUGAACUGGGGUCUUGGGUCAUGCCGUUCACUGGACGUUAAUGACAAUGCUUUGGAAUUCCCCUAGAUUGAGCAGGCAGUGAACCUGUUUGUUGGCACAGACCAUCACUCCAUCACUGUGAGCACCCGGUCCCCAGGCCUGGUGGAGAAGGGCAGAGAAGGGAGGCAGGGGAGGCAUCGCAUUGACUCAGGGUGCUGGAGUCAAUCGGGGGACCCAGGAAGCUCUGGCUGCAUGUUUCUCUGCUUUGGCUGAGGCAAAUCUGGAUCACUUCAGUUAGCGUUCAGUAUGUCCUGCUGUCGUCUUGGGCCUCUGCCUUGGUCUCGAGGGCUGGUGCGCCAUGUCGGUCAGCGUCCAUGAGACCCGCAAGUCGCGGAGCAGCACGGGGUCCAUGAACGUCACCCUCUUCCACAAGGCCUCCCACCCGGACUGUGUGCUGGCCCACCUCAACACGCUUCGCAAGCACUGCAUGUUCACAGACGUCACGCUCUGGGCGGGCGACCGCGCCUUCCCCUGUCACCGUGCCGUGCUGGCCGCCUCUAGCCGCUACUUUGAGGCCAUGUUCAGCCACGGCCUGCGGGAGAGCCGGGAUGACACUGUCAACUUCCAGGACAACCUGCACCCGGAGGUGCUGGAGCUGCUGCUGGACUUCGCCUACUCCUCACGCAUCGCCAUUAACGAGGAGAACGCUGAGUCACUGCUGGAGGCGGGCGACAUGCUGCAGUUCCACGACGUGCGGGACGCGGCCGCCGAGUUCCUGGAGAAGAACCUUUUCCCCUCCAACUGCCUGGGCAUGAUGCUGCUCUCGGACGCCCACCAGUGCCGCCGGCUGUACGAGUUCUCCUGGCGCAUGUGCCUGGUGCACUUUGAGACGGUGCGGCAGAGCGAGGACUUCAACAGCCUGUCCAAGGACACGCUGCUGGACCUCAUCUCGAGUGAUGAGCUGGAGACCGAGGACGAGCGGGUGGUCUUCGAGGCCAUCCUCCAGUGGGUGAAGCACGACCUGGAGCCACGGAAGGCCCACCUGCCCGAGCUCCUCCGCAGCGUGCGUCUGGCCCUGCUGCCGUCUGACUGCCUGCAGGAGGCCGUCUCCAGCGAGGCACUCCUCAUGGCGGACGAGCGCACCAAGCUCAUCCUAGACGAGGCCCUGCGCUGCAAGACCAGGAUCCUGCAGAAUGACGGCGUGGUCACCAGCCCCUGUGCCCGGCCACGCAAGGCAGGCCACACGCUGCUCAUCCUGGGGGGCCAGACCUUCAUGUGUGACAAGAUCUACCAGGUGGACCACAAGGCCAAGGAGAUCAUCCCCAAGGCCGACCUGCCCAGCCCCCGGAAGGAGUUCAGCGCCUCAGCGAUCGGCUGCAAGGUCUAUGUGACGGGGGGCAGGGGCUCCGAGAACGGGGUCUCCAAGGACGUCUGGGUGUAUGACACCGUACAUGAGGAAUGGUCCAAGGCGGCGCCCAUGCUGAUUGCCCGCUUUGGCCAUGGCUCAGCUGAGCUGGAGAACUGCCUCUAUGUGGUGGGGGGACACACUUCUCUGGCAGGCGUCUUCCCAGCCUCCCCUUCUGUCUCCCUGAAACAAGUGGAGAAAUACGACCCUGGGGCCAACAAGUGGAUGAUGGUGGCCCCCUUGAGGGAUGGCGUCAGCAAUGCCGCAGUGGUGAGUGCCAAGCUGAAGCUCUUUGUGUUUGGAGGAACCAGCAUCCACCGGGACAUGGUGUCCAAGGUCCAGUGCUAUGACCCCUCGGAGAACAGGUGGACGAUCAAGGCUGAGUGCCCCCAGCCUUGGCGGUACACAGCCGCUGCUGUCCUGGGCAGCCAGAUCUUCAUCAUGGGAGGUGACACAGAAUUCACGGCCGCCUCGGCCUACCGCUUUGACUGUGAGACCAACCAGUGGACACGGAUUGGGGACAUGACCGCCAAGCGCAUGUCCUGCCAUGCCCUGGCUUCCGGCAACAAGCUCUAUGUGGUCGGGGGCUACUUUGGGACCCAGAGGUGUAAGACUCUGGACUGCUAUGACCCCACUUCAGAUACGUGGAACUGCAUUACCACGGUGCCCUACUCACUUAUCCCCACGGCCUUUGUCAGCACCUGGAAGCACCUGCCCGCAUGAGGAGCACCUGCCGAGCCCAGCCAGCCCGCGGCCCUCAGUGUCACAGCGUGGCCUUGGCUUAUGUGCCACAGCGGGAGCUGAGCGGGUCCUGGACCAGCUCUCCGAGAGGUGGAAGGGGCCCCGCCAGCUCUGGGGAGCAGCAGCCUUGGGCUGUUCGGAGCUUUAGGCACAAGAAGAGAAGCAUCUCUUGCAUCUGUGCCCCUGGGGGCCUCUUCAGCUUUGCAGUGGUUUAUAGGAAGACAUACCUCCCAGAGGGUCAUGGACUGCCACCAGGACUGACCCUGGCGUCGGGGAGAAGGACACUUGCAGAGCGUGGAGAUCACCUGUUUGGCAGGUCCUGGACUGGGGCCGGGCCGGAGGGACGGGGAGGAGCCCCGGGUGGCUUUCGGGGCUGCAGCACCGCCACACAUGCUUUCCCUCCCGGCCCGCCCUGCUGGGGCACUCCUGCCACCUGUAGAUGGUGUCCCAGGCCUGGGAAACCAGGUUCCCAGGGGUUGAGACCAGAAGGUUGAUAAGCAGAGAACCCAGGACAGAUUUUAUAAGGUGUAGAAACUGCAGGGGGGUGCUCAGUGACAUCCAUGAGGCAAUAAGGCUAAUUGCCUUAUUUGCUAAUAAGGGCAAAGGACACCCAGACCUCCAAGGUUUGUGGGCCCCUGCCACAAAGCUGUAAGUCCCAGCCCACCCACUCAGGGCCUUGCCCAGUGCUGUGGCCUGGUGGGGACACAGAUGCUCUGGCCACUCAGUGGAGCUGGGCCUGCAGCAGACUCAGGACUCCGAGUGCCCUGGGGUCACCCCUCACAUCCCCUCCUCAGAGCCCGCCCUGAGAGGCAGCAGUGACCCCCGUGGUACACACCUGCCAACAGCACUGCGGGCUUCCCCCCAGGAGACCACGCUGCCCUCCAAGACCAGGGGCAGCUGUGAGCUGGGAUAGCAGAGGGACCCCAGGGAGUCCCCUGCCUACCCCACCAGGGCCGCAUCCAUUUCAGUUUGGGAGACAGUGAUGGGGCCCUCACCAUCCUCUUGCAUCUAUCUUGGCCCCCGUUUGCUCCCUGAGCUCCAAGAUAAGGAUGGCCGUGAGAGAACUGCUGAACAUGUGUUCACUGCUGUCACCUCCUGAGUCCCUGGGGUCCCUCAGCAGAACCUCCCUACACCUGGGCUGUGGAGAGGUUGGUGCCUGUCAGUGACCAUCCUAAUGCCUCUCUCUCACUCCUAACCCCCUGUUUGAGGGGGAGGGGUGUGGGUGCCUUGACGGGGCUGGGUAGGGUGUCCACACUUGUGGCUUCCCAGGCACCUGCAGUGUGAACACUGCUUGACUGGCUCAGGGUUAGGGCUACACAGGGGGCUGUGCCACAAACCAGUGACUUAAGCAGCCCUGAGCGUCCCCAUGCCUUGGUGCGGAUCCUGGAGGCCUCUUGGGGGUGGGACCUUUGGGCAGGGUUUGCCCACUGAUGUGUCUCCCACCAUGGGGCACUGGCUACACGGGGCUCCUUGGACCCUGUAGACCCCGCAGACCCCGCCUGUGUCGGGCCGGUUGCUCGAAGACACUUGGCUGUGGUCCCCGGGGAUGGCUUUGCUGGCACACUCAGGAGCCCGGCCACGGGGCUGCAGGGAGUGCACCUGGACCCGUGGCGUUGCUUCAUUGAGAUAAAAAAACACUUACCACAUAGUACAAAGGAUGGGCCAUGGUGCUUUCCCCGAAAGUUGUGUUGAGUUUUUACCAGUUUCCUAACUUAAUAAAAAGAGUUGAGAAAAUUC